AUGGGAAUUUGUAUUGAUAACAAUUGUCAAUAUCAAAGGCCUUAUUGUCAUUAUUGCCUACCAAAUCAUUGUUAACACCUCAACAAGCUAAUACUUUCAGAAAUGUUAAAUGAAUGGAUUUAGAAACGGAUCCUCAGUAUUAAUGAUGUAUAAAUGAAUGCUUAAGAGUGUAAAUCUAUUCUUGAUAGUCUUUUAAAUAAAUUUAUUCCUUACUUCAACAUUAAGUUAGAACAGCUAGGAAUUUCUUAAAUAAACUAAAUCAUUAAGGGUUUAUGCUAAAUUGAACUUUACGAGUAAUAAUUUUUCAACAAACUCAAAUCAUCAAUAGAAUAGGUCAAAUAAAUUGUGAAUAAAAUAUUAAAAGACUUCAUAAGUUAAACAGAUUUAAAGUAAAACAUUAUUAUGCAAGUUAAAUAACCUAUUAUUAUCAAACCUAUAAUUUAAGAAUUAACAAAAUAAGUGAACAUAUCUAAACCAAAGCAAUUCACUUUUGAGCUUAUCAAAUAAAAUUCAAUUAAGUAAGAUGACUAUUGUUGUGCAAUUGCUUUUAAUAAAGAUGGCUCAAUUCUAUUAGCUGCAUCUUAUCGUUAUAUUAAAAUAUAUCAAAAUAAAGAAGGAAAACUUAAUCAAAUAUAAUGUUUAAGGGAGCAUACAAAUACUGUUUAUACAUUAAACUUCAUGAAGAUUACAAAUAAUUUUGUAUCUGGUAGUUAUGAUAAUUAAAUUAUAAUAUGGUAUGUGAAUGGAAAUAAUGAAUGGAAAUGCUAAUAAAAAUUGAAUGGCCAUUUAGAUAGAAUACUGUGUUUAUUGAUUCAUAAUACUGAUUCUCUCAUUAUAUCUGGUAGUGGGGAUAAAACGAUUAAAUUUUGGAUAAAAUAGAAUUAAUGGUUAUGUUAAUUAACCAUAACGGAACAUACUGAUUAUAUAUGUUCAUUAAGCUUAAGCGAAGAAUAAAAUAAAGUGAUUUCUUGUUCAGCUGAUUCAUAAAUAUUAGUAAUCGGAUAGUGA